CCUCUCCCUGCGAGGGCAGGGGCGGACAAUGGGGGCGCGGGGAGGCGCCGGCAGGACCAUGGCAGCGGGCGCUGCGCGGCUCCCGGGCUCGGCGUGGCUGCUGGCCGCCGCGCUGGCCGCCGUCAGAGUAUCGGCGGUAGAAGUCAGCACGCCAGAGGAGAUAUUUGUGGAAAAUGGGACAGACGCAAAGCUUCCAUGCACAUUUACAUCUGUGGAAGUGAUCAGCAGCGCAGCAUCUGUUUCUUGGAGUUUUCAACCAGAGGGAGCCGCAACUCGUAUCUCAUUUUUCUAUUACUUUAAUGGAAAGCCAUACCUUGGGAAGGACAUACCAUUUAAAGACAGGGUCACGUGGACUGGAGAUCUUAACAAGAAAGAUGCUUCUAUCAGUAUAUCAAACGUGCAGUUCCGGGACAACGGCACUUAUAUCUGCGAUGUCAAGAACCCACCUGACAUUGUUGUCAAACCAGGAGAAAUCCGAGUUAGAGUUGUGGAGAAAGACAGCCUGCCUGCGUUCCCCAUUGCCAUGGUGGCAGGGAUAGUCAUCGGUACGGUUACAGGUCUCUCACCGCUCAUCUCUAUUAUCGUGUGUCUUGUCAUCAGAAAGAACAACUCUAAAAAACGAUACUCUGGCUGCAGUACAUCUGAGAGCUUGAUGUCACCGGUUAAACAGGCUCCGCAGAAGUCGCCCUCCGACACAGAGGGUCUGGUAAACAUCGUGCCCGCCAGAUUACAUCAGGGCCCAGUCAUUUACGCGCAGUUAGAUCACUCCGGAGGACAGCACAGCGACAAGAUUAACAAGUCAGAGUCUGUGGUCUAUGCUGAUAUUCGGAAGAACUGAGAUGAGAUCCCAAGCUAUCCCAAGGAAAACACACAUUCAGACUGGAAUUGCUUGAACAAGAUUUGACCCAGAGAACUCACAUGUGGCCUUUGAUGCCUAGGCUAGGACCAAUGCAUGUGCAUACAGAGGGAAAGAUAUAUAUGUAUUGUGUGUAAAUAGUCUAUUUAAUCGUACAGAAGUGAGACCAAUGUUGCAUGUUAAAAUGCGUUAAGAAUUUUGCUUAUGAAUUGCCAAUAUUCUUUUUUUAUCUUGUGUGACGAGAGAGAAAGUGAAAACUCGCAUCACAAUUUUAAAAUAUUUUUUUUUCUUGAUUGUUAAUGGAGAAACUGGAAGAUGCCUGAAGAUUCUAGAUUGACCUGGAGAUUAUUUCUUUUUCGCUUAUAGGGCCUAAUUUCUUUUGUUGAGGUGAAUAGAAAGAAGGUAACUUCUUUCUUUUCACGGAGUUCUUCAUGUAUACAGGGUAUUCACCUUUCCUUGGUUAGAUUCUCAGUACAAGCUGCCUUCUCAUAUAAACUGGACACUCUCACUUGGUCUUGUAGGCCAAAUUGUGACUGCUAGUUAUCAGAAAGGUGUGUCUUAGCAACGUAAGUGAAGGAAAUGUUUACCUGACCUGUGUAACGUAAGUCACAGAACUGUUUACUUCUUUAUUGAACACUUACCUAUUCAAGCUUAGUCCUUUAAGGUACAGGGAUGGUGCUGACCUAAUGAUUUUUGUGACAUGGUAGUUUACCUGUGAAAACUUAGGAGCUAGUGAGUUAAAGGGGUAGGAGGCUGUAGACGUAGGUGGUUGCCUCAGACUCCACUGAACCUUUCAAUGAAAUGUUUCUUCCUCAAAGCUCCAUCAUUUCAUAUAAACACUAAAAAAUGCUCCAAGGGAUCUGGAAGCUGUAGUACUCCCUCACCUCUUAUUAUACCACUGUCACUUCCUUAGAGGCGCUUGAUCUAUUAGAAGUCUGUAGUGGAGGCUGAAUUACUUCUACAGGAAAUCUAGAGCUUCACUCUUUGUGAGUUUUUUUUUGGAUGUGUGUUUUUUUGUGUAAACUGUAUUUGCACAGAGGAUGCAGAGGGCAGUUCAUUUCCUUCAUCUCUGCAAAUCUACUACUUGAUUACGAUUUCCCAGCUUCUUGUUUCUAGAUUAAAUUCCUCAUAGAUUGUUAAGGUUCUCUGAUUGUCCUCUUCUGCUGAAGAGGAUCUUUCUUUAGCUGACCCAUUUGUAUUCUGAAACCUGGUGCUCAAAACUGGAAGAGGCAUUCCAGCUGAGGUCUUCUCAGAGCAGCAUAUAGAAGCAUUUCUGCUUUGCACAUCCCUAAUGUGGUGGGGUUUUUUUUUGUAGCAACUAAUAAUUUUCAGUUCUAUCCAUCAUAACCCCCUUUUCUCUGACUCUUACUCACUUCCUAGUUCAGUCUCUUUCACAGAAUCAGUCACAGAAUGGCCGAGGUUGGAAGGGACCUCUGGAGAGAUCAUCUAGUCCAAACCCCACCUCCUAAAGCAAGGUCAGCUAGAGCAGGUUGCCCAGCACUGUGUCCAGCUGGGUUUUGAGUAUCUCCUCAGAUUGAAACACUACAUCUCUGGGCAACCAGGUCCACUCUUUGACCACUUUAAGUGAUCAAACAGUUAAAAGUGCUUCCUUGUGUUCAGGUGGAAUUUCCUUCUUUUAAAUUUCUGUCUGCUGCCUUAUGUCCUGCCAGAGAGCAUCACUGAGCAGAGUAGUGCUCUUUGUUCCCCCCCAUCGAGUAUUUAUACACGUUGAUAAGAUCCUGCCCGAGCUUUCCCUUCUUCAGGCUGAACAGUCCCAGCUCUCUCGCUUUUCUUAUAUGAAGAAUGCCCCAGGUCCUUCUUCAUUUUUUUGGCCCUGUACUGGACUGGCUCCAGUAAAUCCACAUCUCUUGUAGCGGAGAGCCCAGAACUGGACAUGGUACUCCAGGUAUAGCCUCAGCAUUACUGAAUAAAGGGGAAGGAUCAUCUCCCUCGACCUGUUGGCAAUACUUUGCAUAAUGCAGUCUAGGACACCAUUUGCCUUCUUUGCAGCAGGGGCACGCUGCCGGCUCAUGUUCAGCCUGGUAUCCACGAGGAUCCUCACAGGGCCUUUUCUGCAAAGCUCUUUUCCAGCCAGGCAGCCUCCAGCAUGUGCUAGUGCAUGAUGGGGUUGCUCUUCCCUAGGUGCAGGACUUUGCACUUCUCCUUCUUGAACUUCAUAAAAUUCCUCUUAGCCCAAUUCUCCACCCUGUCUAAAUGCCUCUGAAUGGCAGCACAACCAUCUGGCGUGCCAGCAUAUGAGGUUUUCUGUUGUCUACAAAUUUGUCUCAAAUUAUGGCUUUUUCAGACCCCAUCUUCAAUUUGUCAGUUGAAAACUUCAUUUUAAGUUCUCAUCCUGUCCUCCAGUGAGCUUGCAACACUCUUAGCUUGAUAUUUGCAAACUUAAGCCUACAUUCUGCUGUAACGUCAAGUAAAUGAAAACCAGUUUCAGGCCCAUGGCAUACUCUUUCAGAACCACAUUAGAUAAUCCUUUAAUUAUGACAGUGCAACAUUAAUAACUAUUUUGUGUUCAGUGCUUUUUUUCCCCAAAAAUCUGGGUAUGCCGACUCUAUUCUUUCAUCAAGAUCAGACUUCACUGGUUUCCUGACACCUUUGUUAGAAGGCUCAUUAAGAUCAGGAUGAAUCCUGCUGCUGUUGCUGUCCAUAUCUACCAGGUUGUUACUUCCCAACAAUUGAUUUACUCUUGGUGAGAAAUGAAGGCUUUUGAAAUGCUUGAUAAAAGAACUUCAGUUUGAUCUGCCUGUAUUCAUCCCUGUGCAUCACCAUCUUUUUCAGACCUUUUAGAGUAAGAGGGAGAAAUGUAGUGGAUGUAGUGAUCAAAAACUUGCUGCUCUGAGAAGACAGGGCUGUCCUUGGCUCUGAAAUCUGCCACUGAUGUUUGUUUCUUUUUCUGCUGGAAUGUACUGGAGAAUCUGAGCACAAUCCUUAUCUGGUGCUGACUUUAAGAAACACACUGAUCUGUUUGGUGCUGAUGUUAAGAAACACACUGAUCUGCUUGGUGCUAACUUUAGGAGACACGCUGGUAUGGCUGGUGCAAACUAACUUGAGGAAGCAUCUCCUUGCAUUGCUUUUGGUUAGCUAGAGAUAUUUUCAUAUUGCCUGUUGUGAGGAGGCUCAUUUCAAGGCUGCUUGGAUCCCUCUGUGAAGGCAGAAUGAACUUGAAAGUACUUUUCAAAAAUGCUGAGCAUCUUUUUAGAGAGAAACAAAAGUCCCUUCCCCCGGGAAUAACAGAAAUCAGUCUGAAUCCCUUUCCAAUGUGAAGGGUAUUGAUAUUUUUUUUCUUUGGUGAUGGGAACACGAACAAUGUAGCUAUUAAAUAACUUAUUCAGGCUGAAGUCAAAAGAACCUAAGGCAAUGUGAGACAACACUUGUGAACUUUCUGUCCUUCAGGUUAUCUUGGCUUGUUUAAUCAUAUGAUAGCUGGUGCUGAUGAAAGGGACUGAUGCUAAGUUGGUUUACUUAGUAAAGUCUAAGGAGACAGAGGACUUCUACUGCCUUGAUGGGUAGCAGGCAGAGAUUUAGGUCAGACAACGUGAUCCUAUCCUGAUGUUAUGGUGACCAGAAGUUAAACUCCGUUCUGCUGCUAUUCUCUUAAUCCUCUGGUGCUGUUCUUUGCAGGUGGAAAAGAACAGCUUGAACUUUGAGGAAUACCAAGUCUGGUGUCCUUGUCCCGUUGUUGUACUGCUGCUAGCUCUUUCUAGGACCAUCUAUUUUAAAAAGAAGUGCUGCAUGAUAGGCUUGCUGCAGCACGGUUGAGGGGUAGGCAGCCUCUAUUGAGGCAAUACCAAGUAAAACUAUUACUCAGGCCAUCACUCUUGGAUAGUGGAGCUGGAGAAGGUCUCUGUGAUUUGAAAGACCUGCAAUGAAUUCUCUUCUGUUCAUCAUGCACACACAGAACUGGGUUCAAUCUGAAAUCCAUUUUUCAGCUGAGGGGAAAACCAAGACCUUUUAUGGGUAAAAGUGACCUUAUAAGUAUAGAAUCAUAGAAUUAUUAAGGUUGGAAGAGACCUCAAAGAUAAUCAAGUCCAACCAUUGACACAAUACCAACAUGCCUACUUCUACUCACUGUAGGAGGGCAGUUUUGGAUUGCCAGCCUGAGCUCUGGCUGCUAAGCCAGCUGGCACCCCUUAGAGCCAGGGACAUGAAUAGCAUCAUUCAACUUUGUUUUCCCUGUUUUUGAGUGCCAGAAAUAAAUUUUGAGAAGAAGAUUACAAAUAAUUAUAAAGUAUCCAGCUAAGUAAAUUAGUACCUUACUCAGUACCUUAAAUCUCCAUUGCCCGUUUUGACUUCAGCAGUUGUUGCAUGAGGAGGAUGGUCGGUGUGUUCGUUAAAUGGCAUUAAGAACCAUUACAGGAUGGUAAAUAUGUCCCUGCAAAUAACUGAAUCAUGUGUCAUUUAUAACUGGAGACAUGUAGGGUUUUGGUUUUUUCUCAAAGCCUUAGUGAUAUUUUAAUUUGUGACUAGAAGAGCUGCAAUUAGGUUUUUUAACUUUUCUAAACCUGUGAGAACUGUUUAGGUAACCAUCUGUCUUGUAACUGCAGUAAAUGUCCAUAUACAACUUAGGAGCUGCAUUGCCUCAGAGUGGAUUCACUGAGAUCAAGUGUGGGCUGUUUGAUUUAUAACCAAAACGCCUUCAGUCUGCAUCAAAAUCUUGUCUUGGAAGUUUACAUUAUUGAUGUAUCACCUAGGACCUCAAAUACCAAAUGCCCUUAUUGUGGAUUAGGUGAUGAAAUGAUUUUCUCUUUAAAAUCAUCAAAGCUGAGAAGGUGGGUGCUUCUGGGUUGUGGCCACACCCCCACAGUGCUUGUGUUUCAGUAACAUUUUUGUAUGGGAGACUACAAAAUCAUAUUAACUUUGCUCAGAAAUUUUCUCGAGGCUUCUCUUUCCCUUCUCUUCACUGCUCUAAAGCUAAUAAGCCUUUUCAUUUACAGGUAUUUUUGCACUCAAUUUUUUAUGUUCAAUGCCUUUGGAGAUCAGUGUGCUGUGCGAUCUUUUCUGUCUCCCAGCAACGCCAGCUGGUUUUAUGCGGUAAAUGUAGUUGGACUGGGUACUUUUCUUCUGUAAGCCUCUGUCUUGGAGGUAUGCAGAAGAACAAACACCUGUAAGACAGGUGUAUAAUCUGUGCAAGGGAGCUAGAGAUGCAUCGCACGGCCCAGUUACAGGAAGAGCCAGUGUACCAACUGCCAGUGCUUUUGCUUUUACAAACCUAUCUGGAAACACUUAUCUUGGAUAUUUUUUCUUGAAUGGACUUUCAUGUUUUCUAUUGUAAUCUUGUGAAUAUUUUAAU